AUGUCUUCCUUUAAUUAGAAGUAACAAAAGAAGCUUAACGAACACAAGGAGUUGGCUUAGAAAUAGAAGGAUGCGAACGAGCGUUUCCAAGAAGGCAAGAAGAUUAUGUUGAAAGAGAACAAGACAGCCAAUGAUUUUGAUCGUGCAAUCUAACUGUUUUCUGAAGCAAUCACAUUGUUAUAAAAUUCAAGUCAAACAGAACCGCAAUACGCCAAGUUUUAUGCUGCCCGAGGUAACGCCUACAUGCAGACUGGCCAAUAUUAGAGAGCUCUCUUUGACUUUUCAACUGCUGUGAGAUUCGAGGAAAACAAUGCAGAACAUUAUGGGGCAAGAGGAAACUGUUUUCUGCAAUUGGGAGAAGUCAAUGAUGCCCUGAAGGAAUAUGACAAAGCCAUUCAAAUCAAAUCCACAGACGGUUUCCUCUUUUUAAAUAGAGCACUUGUCUAUGCCAGAUUGGAUAAUUAUAAAAAGGCCAUCGAUGAUUACUAACAAGCUCUCAAGUAUUUGAAGGACUCCAAUGCGCAAUUCAAAGCACACUUUCACAUGGGAAAUUGUUAUAGACAAAUCAAAAUGUACGACCAAUCAAUUGAGCAUUUGCAAAAGGCUUGUGAUAUCAAGAAGGAUGAAGCCCCAGCACACAACAAUUUGGGAUUGUCCUACUUCGAGAAUCAAUAAUAUGAAUUGGCAUUAGAGAGAUUUACUAGGGCCAUCGAAUAAGAUGAGUCUAAAGCAACCUAUUACAAUAAUAAGGCAUUGGCAUUGUAUCAUCUGGGGGAUUUGAAGGGCAGUCUGAUAGAAUUCAAUAAGGCUCUUAGCAUAGAUGAUCAAGAUGCCCGAGCAUUAUACAAUAGGGGAAAUACUCAUUUGGCCUUAGGUAAGAGAACAGAAGCACAUGCAGAUUAUGACAAGGCAAUCAAACUGAUGCCCAAAAAUUCAAAAUUCUAUCAUUCCAAAGGAUUGGCCUAUUAGGAUUCCGAGGAAUAUGAAAUGGCUAUAAAAAUGUUCGAAGAGGCUUUGAAUAUCACUCCGAAUCACAUGCCAUCCAUUUUCCAUUUAGGUCUCAUGUAUCACAAGAAUGAUAAUCUAAAGGAGGCUUUGUCAUUGUUCACUUAAGUCUUGAAUGCUGAAGGCAAGGAUCGAUUGGUCUACUCUUCAAGAGGUUUGGUGUAUAUGGAUAUGAAAAAUUAUGAAUUGGCCAUCCAAGACUUCAAUGCAGCCAUUGAAAUGGAACCUACAUAUCCUGAGACCUAUUACAACAGAGGAUUGGCAAGAAUUGAAAUGCACGAACUCAAUGAUGCCAUCAAGGAUUUCGAGUAAGCUCUUGAACUCAACUCCAACAACCCUGGCAUUUACUCAGGUUUAGGUUAAGCAUACAGAUUAAAGAAGAACUAUGAGAAGGCCUUGUUCUACUUGGACAAGGCUUUAAAGGAGUCUCCUCAUAAUCAAGAGUUCUUGGUUUAACGAAGCAAUAUCUUUAUUGACAAGAAAGAGUAUCCAAAAGCCAUAAUAGAUUUGACAAGUGCGUUGGAUAGGAAACCUAAUGAUGCACAGAUCUAUUACAGGAGAGGACUGGCAUAUUAUAAAAAUUAGGAAUUCAAGAAAAGCAUAGCUGAUCUCUACAAAGCAUUUGAAAACAAGCCAUUUCAAAGUUAUGUGCCUGACAUACAUUAUCAUUUGGGAAUAUCCUUUGCCAAUUUGGAGAUGUUUGACAAGGCCAUCGAGCCUCUUACUAAUGCUAUAGAUUUACAGAAAUACGAGCCUGCUUAUAUUCAUGAAAGAGCGAAGUGUUUUCUGUUGGUGGGUGAAAAUCAAUUGGCUUUGGAAGACUUCGAUAAGGUGAUUGAAAUGCAACCACACAAUUCUCAUGCGUACUUUGGAAGAGCUUUUGCUCAUAAAGCCUUAUAGUCAUACGGGAAGGCAGCAGAAGAUUUUGGGAGAGCAAAAGAUUUGGAUCCGAUGAAUCCCAAAUUGAUUGUGAACUUCAAGUAGAUUUAUUAUGUGAAAUAUAUCAAAUUGUGCAAUCCUGGAGAAGAAUAGAGAUGAUAUUAUAUUCCAAACUAAUAAUUAAAUAUCUGAAAUUUUGUAAAGAAAA